GCUAGUUCAAAUUAGCGUUUCCAAUAUGAAGGUUCGCACGAUCAUUCUGUUGAGUAUUUUUGGUUUGUUGUUCUUGUGUGACGUGAAUGAGCCAUCGAGAGCUGAGAACCUUCAGUUUGUCUCAGGACUGCUUUUGGGCCAUGUCAAGAACAAGAUUGAACAAGCUGUGGACCAUGCUGGAGGACAUACACAGUGCGCGAAGGAUCUGAAGGCUCUGAUUACGAACUUUAUUUUAUUCAAGAAAUGGGCUCUCAGAAUGGUAGAUGCUUCUUCAAAAAUUCCACCAGGGCUGAUGAGUGGAAACUAUUUCGCCUCUGGUGAUUAUGACGGAUGCCUAUCAGUAAGAACAGAAAAGCCACUAAAUAUUUCUGGCCAGUACUGCUCUGUAGUCAUAUUGCCCAGUUCGAAAUUUUCCAGUGAAAUCGGACGUUUGUUUGACGCAUUGGAGUUUUCAAACUUCGUGGGCGUGAAAAGGAAAUCUCAGAUGUCGGAUCUAGUUCAGUGUUUGAGAAUGACAUAUGGUUUAUGUAUACCCCGCUCGUGCUCGAUAGCUAACCUCCAAAAGCUUUGGGAUUAUUUGGAAAUAACCUUCCGUAUACCAGUGCACUUGCUUUUCCUUGAUAGUCUAUGCGAUACAGCAGAUAAUAUGAAGAUCUAUUUUCAUGACAUAUGCAUAUAUCUUAUUUUAGCAACAUACUUUGCAGUCCUGCUGAUUGCCACUAUUUACGACGUUUUCUACCGUGAUGAGUCUGAAAAUGAAAAAAGUAUACUAGCCUGUUUUUCCCUAUACUCGAAUUCGAAAAAGCUGUUUACACUUGAGGACAGCCCAGAUAAAAUGCAUUACCUACAAUGUUUAAGUGGCCUGAAAGUAUUAGGCAUGCUGUGGGUCAUAUAUGGGCAUAGAGUGAUGUUCAACGGUAUAGGUGGAGCCACAAAUGCGGUUUACAUUCAUAAAGAUUGGAAGUAUUCAUUUCCUGGUGUUAUGUCUGUAGCUGCUGUUAUGUCAGUGGAUAUGUUCUUUUCUCUUAGCGGCCUUUUACUCUCUUACGGAUAUCUCUCGUACAGAAACCUCAUUGGCAGGAGUACAAACAUGAACCUCUUAGCACUGCAACUGUAUAGACUUUUAAGGAUAUGGCCAGGAUUGAUAGCAAUGAUAAUGUUCUCGAUAGGUGUCUUCAAACUUAUGGGCAGUGGUCCCUUUUGGUCUCUACUAAUAAAAAAAAUUGGCGGUAGCUGUCUUAUAAACGGGUGGUCCAACCUACUAUUUGUUAACAACUACAUUGAGCCAAAUUAUCAGUGUCUAGAUCAAACGUGGUACUUAGCAGUGGAUUCCCAACUAUUUAUGUUGUCUCCUAUACUGUUGAUAAGCAUGUGUAAGGCGCCGUUAAAGACAUGCUUGGCUUGCAUUGGAGCCUGUGUGAUUUCAGGACUUUAUGCGUUCAUAUUAACCUAUCAAAAUGAAUAUGGAGCGAUUUAUUACGAAGGUAACCGAGAGUAUCACCGAUACAUCUACCUAUCAACAUUUGUGAGGAUGCCAUCAUGGCUGAUAGGGUUUGUGACUGGAGUGAUACUAUACAACUAUCGUAAUGUAAAACUUAAACAGGUUACGGUGCUUUUUGGAUGGGCGUUUUCCAUACUGACUUUAGUUUACCUUGUAAUGGCACACUCAUCAUUUUUGAAAAAUGACUAUGAUCUUGUCAAAGCGGCCCUAUUCAAUUCAGCAGCUAGACCAGCUUGGUCAAUAGCUAUAUGUGUGAUAGUUUUCCUGUGUUCCUCAGGACAUGGAGGAAUGAUUAAUAAGUUCCUGUCCCUUAAGCUGUUCCAAGUUCUCGUAAGGAUGUCGUACAGUAUAUACCUUGUACAUGUACUGGUUAUAAUUUAUUUCGUGGGAACUAAGAAACAUUCAGAGGAAUUUAGCAACAUAAAAAUAUUUCGAGAUCUGCUGUCGGAUUUAUUCUUCACUUUCAUCGCAUCCACAAUAUGUUGUUUGGCUUUUGAGUCUCCUUUUAUACAAGCAGCUAAAGUUAUUUUCAAGAAAGAAAUGGUGAAACACCAAAAAGCUAUAGAAAUGCGUAAAAAGGAAAAGUAAGUAUAUGGAAUAGACUGUUCCAUGCCAUAUACAAUUGUUUAAUGGUUGGGUUUUUCUGAAAUUUUGAUCAAUUACUUACCUAACCCUAAGAGAGAUGUAUACAAAAAAAAUGUUGUAAUAAAUUUAUUAUUACUGAGA